AUGUUAACUUUCUUUCAUUAUUUAUUACUUUUUCUUUAUUUAUCUCAUUACUUUCUUUCUUUUUUCUUUCUUUCUUUCUUUCUUUCUUUCUUCCUUCCUUUCUUUUUUCUUUCGUACUUUCUUUCUUUCUUUCUUCCUUUCUUUCUUUCUUUCGUACUUUCUUUCUUUCUUUUUUCUUUCGUACUUUCUUUCUUUCUUUCUUCCUUUCUUUCUUUCUUUCUUUUUUCUUUCUUUCUUUCUUUUUUCUUUCGUACUUUCUUUCUUUCUUUCGUACUUUCUUUCUUUCUUUCUUUCUUCCUUUCUUUCUUUUUUCUUUCGUACUUUCUUUCUUUCUUCAUUUCUUUCUUUCUUUCUUUCCUUUUUCUUUCUUCCUUUUUCUUUUUCUUUCUUUUUCUUUCUUUUUUUUUUCUUUCUUUUCUUUCUUUCUUUCGUUCUUUCUUUCUUUUUUUCUUUCUUUCUUUUUUCUUUCUUCCUUUUCUUUCUUUUCUUUUUCUUUCUUUCUUUCUUUCUUUCGUUUUCUUUCUUUCUUUCUUUCUUCCUUUUUUCUUUUUUCUUUCUUACUUUCUUUUAUUUCUUUUUUCUUUCUUUCUUUCUUUCUUUCUUUCGUACUUUCUUUCUUUCUUUCUUUCUUUCUUUCUUUCUUUCUUUCUUUUCUUUUCCGUUCUUUCUUUAUUUGUCUAUAUUUCAUUCUCCCUUCCUUUGUCCGCUUCGUUUUCUUUGUUUUUUCCUGUUAUCUCUUUUAUUAUUUUCCCUUCAUUAAUUACUCUCACUCUUUCUCUUCUUUCAAAAAAACUAUUUCGUAUCGACUCCUUUUCUCUUCGAUGGUUUCCUUUCUUUCUUUCUUUUUAUUCUCUUCUUUCUUUCUUUCUUCUGCAUGCUUAUAUCUAUUUCUCUAUUCAGCAAGAACUUAUACUCAUUCUUUUCUUUAUUUACCCAUCUUCUAUACCUUUUUCUCUAUUAUACUAUCAUCUAAGUUAA